GAUUGAUUUCGGUAUAUCAAUAUUUUUGUUUUAUUUGUUUUUCGAUUACCUAUCUAUUUUUCAUUGAUAAAAAACUAAAUAUUUUGACUAGUUCGUAAGUUAAGCGAAGAAGUAAAAUGGAAACUGAAGAAGUGCAGAACAAUUACUUUAAUAGCUACGAAGAUUUAGAGGUGCAUACAUUGAUGUUAGAAGACGAACCAAGAAACCUAGCUUAUAAGAAAGCGAUAUUAGGGAAUAAAUGUUAUUUCAAGGAUAAAAUAGUAAUGGAUGUUGGAUGUGGCACAGGAAUUUUAUCUGUUUUCUGCGCCCAAGCAGAUGCUAAAAAAGUAUAUGCCGUGGAAGCAAGUAAUUUAGCGAAUUUAGCUAGAGAAAUUGUGAAAGAGAAUGGUUUCGAAAAUGUUAUUGAAAUAAUUCACAGUAAAGUUGAAGAUGUAAUAUUACCAAAUAACAUAAAAGUAGAUGUGAUAGUAUCUGAAUGGAUGGGUUUUUAUCUAUUGCAUGAAGGUAUGUUAGAUUCAGUGCUAAUUGCUCGAGAUAAGUUUCUUAAGGAAGGGGGAGAAAUGUUUCCUGAAACGGCUGUUAUUUAUGUUGCACCAUGUAGUAUACCUUCACUAUACAGCAAAUGGAACAAUGUGCAUGGAGUAUCAAUGUCUGCUUUUGCUAAACAUCUUCGCAAAAACAAAUCCACUAAACCAGAAAUUUUGAAUAUAGAGCAAAAGGAUUUGCUUGGUGAUGAAGUAGCACUUUGCUGGAUUAAUUUGAGGGAAGACAAUGCAUCUGAUUUGAAUGAAUUCAGCAUCCAGCAUGUUGUUGGAGCUAAAAAAUCUGGUUCUUAUGAAGGUUUGUGUCUAUGGUUCGAAUGCAAUUUUCCCAGUAUGUCUGAAACGAAAGACGAGAAUCGUAUAAUUUUGGACACCAGUCCAAAUAGUUUGGCAACACACUGGAAACAAACAGCAAUAGUAUUACCACACGAAGUGGAAGUGGAAGAAGGAGAACCAAUAGCUUUCCAACUUAGCAUGAAAAGGGAUACAGAACAUAACCGGAGAUACAAUUUACAGAUGACAUUACUGGAUCCAGAAGCUGUCGAUCACCCACAACCAUGCUCAUGUCACAUGACUAAAUGCAUACUGAUUAAAGCAUUCAUGGAGUCCCAUUAACCAACAAUCUGUUUUUAUAAAUUAAAUAAAAUGAAAUCAGAAUCAUGUA